UUUAAACCCAUUAUUAGGCCCAGUAGGUCCCACUUUUUUGCCUUUGCUCUCCUUAGUCUCCUACAUAAACCAAUUUCGCAGAGUCCCUCUAACUAAGCUCACUAGAAAGAAAAAAAACACACAAGUCAUCUUCAUCUCCUUCCUCUCUCUUCCUCAUUUUCUUAGUAAUCUCUCUACCUUAAUCUCUAGUUUUCUCAAAUGGUUCGUUUUGUCGUGGAAAAACCACAGAUAAUGUCAGCUACUCAAAACGUUGUCGUAUCAGAGACCACAAGAUCAAGUAUCAUCCCCAACAACAACUCUUCUUCUCAGAAGCUCCCUCCUGGUUUAAUCUCAAUUUCCAAGAAAAAGCUUCUCAAGAACAUCGACAUCAUCAAUGGUGGUGGACAGAGAAUCAACGCUUGGGUCGAUUCAAUGCGAGCUUCUUCCCCUACUCAUCUCAAAUCACUUCCUUCUUCUAUCUCCUCACAGCAACAACUCAACUCAUGGAUCAUGCAACAUCCUUCAGCACUAGAAAUGUUCGAACAGAUAAUGGAAGCUUCGAGAGGAAAACAAAUCGUAAUGUUUCUUGAUUAUGACGGUACUCUCUCUCCCAUCGUUGAUGAUCCAGACAAAGCUUUCAUGUCAAGCAAGAUGAGAAGAACAGUAAAAAAACUGGCUAAGUGUUUCCCCACUGCUAUAGUUACUGGUAGAUGCAUAGACAAGGUGUAUAAUUUUGUGAAGCUUGCUGAGCUGUAUUAUGCUGGAAGCCAUGGCAUGGACAUUAAAGGUCCAGCAAAAGGCUUCUCCAGACACAAGAGGGUUAAACAGUCUCUUCUGUACCAACCAGCUAAUGACUAUCUUCCCAUGAUCAAUGAAGUUUAUAGACAACUCUUGGAAAAAACCAAAUCAACUCCGGGAGCCAAAGUAGAAAACCACAAGUUUUGUGCUUCUGUGCACUUUCGCUGCGUCGAUGAGAAGAAAUGGAGCGAACUGGUUCUUCAGGUUCGGUCGGUAUUAAAAGAAUUCCCUACGCUGAAACUGACCCAAGGUCGGAAGGUUUUCGAAAUCCGUCCAAUGAUUGAAUGGGAUAAAGGAAAAGCUCUUGAGUUCUUGUUAGAGGCACUUGGAUUUGGGAGCACUAACAAUGUUUUUCCGGUUUACAUCGGUGAUGAUCGGACUGACGAAGAUGCAUUUAAGAUGCUACGAGACAGAGGCGAAGGCUUUGGCAUUCUUGUCUCCAAGUUUCCCAAGGAUACCGAUGCUUCGUAUUCUUUGCAAGAUCCAUCCGAGGUGAUGGAUUUCUUGCGAAGAUUGGUGGAAUGGAAACAAAUGCAGCCAAGAAUGUGAAAGGAUAAUAUAAUAAACGAAUGACAAUGUUCGAAAUGCCAGUGGACAUAUUGGUGAAUGUAUAAUGAAUAUGUACAUGCCUAAUUAACUUAUCUUGGAACGUUGUAGUUGGUAAAGGAUAGGGCAAUGUCUUAAUAUGCCCCCUUAGGUUAAUCUUAUUUUGUUUUCGUAAGAAAAAAAAAGGAUGAACAAGAAAAGAGGUGACAAAUUUGUUUCCAGCAGUCUAGUAAGUUGUAACUAUCUUUGUAAAAGCAAUAUGUAAACGCUUGUUAAUUAAGAAAGAAGUUUUAUUUAA